UCUUACCCCAGAAAAUUGAGAUUUUAAGCUUUCCAAUGAUGUAUAACACAUGCAUAUCGGACAAUUUUGAAAUUUAGUCAAAUUGGGGGUCUCAGAGCGGAACUUCAAGUCACCUGAGUUUUUUCAGCCAUAUUCUUUAUCCUCUGCAAAAAAACAAAAAAAAACUUAUCUGUCAAAGGGCCAAUCAGAGUGCCGUUUCUAUCCAAUGUUGACAAUUACGUGUGGCUAGCCAGGUGCGUCCUACCAGGAGGCCCCGCCUACUUUUAAAACCUAAAAAAAAAAAAAAAAAAAAAUCCCGUGCUCGGAAACAUGAGUGCUUCUGCUCUGGUUCUGCGCGCGAGCCACGAAGCGAGUUCGCAGGACUUUUUCACCACUUUUCAACAUGUCCCAACAACUCCAGCACACUUUGGGAACGUCUCAUAGCGCCGAGCCAGCGGCGUUUUAAUGACGACUUUUCCACGGGGAGCGACGGAGAAAGAAAACAAAUGUGUUGUCAUCUCGGCGCCGUCAACAAACAUGGCUACUCGUCGACUAGCACCAACCGAACCGGGUCGCCUCUCCUUCUCCUCUUUCUUCUUCGUCGUCUUCUUCUCGCCUAAAUAGCUUCGAAAGUCUCUCGCGGAAGGAUCUGAUUAGCCUGCGCGAACUCGCUAUGGAUCCGCGGCACAGGGAGUUUCUGGAGAAGUGUCACCACAACUUGGCCGAGUCCGUCACCGACGCCGACCAGCUCGUGGAGGUCCUGUCCCGGGGAGGGACGCUGAGUCCGGCCGAGCGCCACGAACUGGCGUCCACUUCCUCCGGAGCGGAGAAAGUGGAGCUCCUCGUCAAGAUCCUACUCCGCAAGGAUCGGGACCAUUUCGCCGACUUCUCUUCGGCCUUGGAGGAGACCAACCCUCACCUGCACUCGGUGCUGCUCACCGCUGCCGGGCCCGUGAACCACAGCACCGGGUCCACCUACAGCGUCUUGUCCACCAUGCCGUCAGAUUCUGAGAGUAGCGGCUCGCUCAGCAGUGUUGGUACGCCCACCCCGGCCUCCUCGCCACCUUUGGCCCACGUGGAUGAUCACCGGGUUCACGAGAAGAUGGAGACCGUCCUUUUCCAGCUCCGUCACGUGACCCGGGAGCGUGACGAGCUACGCAAACGGCUGGCGCUGUCCUCGCCAGGGAGCACUUUCGAUGACUGCGGGCCAAACUCCAAGACGGGCCAUGACUACGAGCGGCUCAAACUGCAGUGCAUGAAGGCCAUGGCUGAUUUGCAGUCCCUGCAGAACCAGCACAGCAGCACCCUCAAGAGGUGCGAGGAGGCCGUCAAGAAGGCAGACUUCUAUCACACGUUGCACAGCCGCCUGGCGAGCGAGCAAAGCCAAUUGAAAGAUGAGCUGGAGGCGGUGAGGCUGGACAAUGUGCAGCUGCUCCGUGAGCACAACCACGCCAAGCAGGCCUGCGAGGAACUGCGCAGGCUCCGAGACGACGACCAGCGAGAGGUGGCCGACAUGCGCAUGCUGCACCAGCAGGUGAUCCGCGAGGGCUCCUCGGACGCCCUCAACAAGCUGUACGACUCUGCUGUGGAUAAACUAGAGAGCGUGAGGAGCGACUACGAGGGUCUCCGCAAGCUCUACAACGACAAGACGGCCAAUCACAACGCCGACCUUAGUCGCCUGGACCACGCCGAGGAGGAGAAGCGACACCUCCAGAAGCAGCUGGACGUGCUGAUGAAGCAGAGGGAUGCCGCCAUCCACUACCAGCAGCAGUACUCGUCGUCCAUGCGGAGGUUGGAUCAGCAGGAGCUCUCCAAGGCGGCCGCCCAGAACGUGGAGCUUCAGCGCGAGAUGGACCGGCUGCAAUCGGAGGCCACACGCUUUAAAACCCAACAGCUCAAAGCAGCCAAGGAGUGCGAGAAGUACAAAGAGGAGCGCGACUCGGUCAUCAGCGAGUACCGCCUGAUUAUGAGCGAGCGUGACCAGGUCAUCAAAGAGGUGGAGAGGCUUCAAACCGGUUUGGAGGUGGCUGAGGCCAAGCUGAAGAACACGUCCUCGGAGCGGCGGGUGGCCAAUGAGGAGCUGGAGGCUCUCCGACAGGAGCUGUCCUCGUCGCUGAUGGACCGGGACCGAGCUGUCUGCGAGAAGAACGAGCUCCUGGAAAAGUACUGCCACGAGGUGAAGGACAAGGCGGAGGCGCAGAAGGAGCUCAGCCAGGCCUGUAAAGACAUGGAAACGGUCUGCGAAGAGCGAGACGUGGCCCGCAAAGAGAGGACUGAGGCCAUCAUCCAGCGAGAUCAACUGCUGCGAGAGUAUUACCAGGCCAGACAGAAACAAGACUCUGUCACUCUGGACAUGGAGAGAGCCAAUAAGGAGAUGGAGAUGCUCAGGAAGCAAUACGAAGCUGUCAGUCAAGAGCUAAAGGAGGCUCAGCAGGAGGCCGAAGUGGCCAAGUGUCGCCGAGACUGGGCCUUUCAGGAGAGAGACAAAAUCGUGGGAGAGAGGGAGAGUGUUCGCACGUUGUGCGACAACCUGAGGCGAGAGAGGGACCGGGCUGUGAGCGACCUGGCAGACGCGCUGAGGAAUCUAGACGACACCAGGAAGCAGAAGAACGACGCCGUAAGAGAGCUUAAAGAACUCAAAGAAAAAAUGGAUGACCAGUUGGAAAAGGAGGCACGUUUUCGCCAGCUAAUGGCUCACAGCUCACAUGAUUCCGCCAUCGAUAUGGACUCUGUUGAAUGGGAGACGGAAGUUGUAGAGUUUGAGAAGCGCAGAGACAUGGAUUUGAAAGCACUCGGCUUUGAUAUCGCAGAAGGGGUAAACGAUCCUUAUUUACCGGGAGAUUGUGGCGUGUUUGUCAGUAAGGUGGACAAAGGAAGUGUAGCAGAAGGUCGAUUAAGGGUGAACGAUUGGCUGCUGAAGAUUAACAAUGUAGAUCUGACCAGCAAGGACAGGAAGCAGGCCAUCAAAGCUGUGCUGAGUGGGGAAGGCGUUAUCAACCUGGUGGUCCGCCGGAGGAAGUCAGUUGGGGGACGGGUUGCCACGCCCAUCCAGAUAAACCUCACCGGACACAAAGACUGUGGUAUAUGCCUGGAAAGCGGAGUGUUUGUAGCUUCACUGACACCUGGAAGUCCAGCAGUUAGAGAAAAUGCUCUCGCAGUUGGGGACAGGCUAUUAUCUAUCAACGGCAUCUCACUGGAUAACAAGUCACUGCCUGAGUGUGACGCGUUGCUGAGGACGUGCCGCGAAUCUCUCUGCAUCUCUCUUGCAAAGUUCCUGCCACAGAGCUGCUCUGGCCAGAGUUUAUAUGAAAGUUUGAGAGAGUCCGAAAAAGUCUCUAAAAACUGUCGAAAGCACAACUGCUCUGUACAAGCCGACUGCUGCGAGAUGCAGUGUCGAGACGAUGAAGCGUGUGGCGACCCCAAAAAUGCCGGCCUUCAUUGUCACCGCGGGCCCAACGACUCCCUUCAUUCCCGUAGCCCGUCAGAACCCGUGGUGGAGUUCUGUUACCGGAGGCAGGACUUCCACCGUCGGCCAUUCACAUUCGCUCCCGUGCACCCCGACUCCGGCCCUUCUUUGGGGAAGGCCGGCGGAGGCACCUGGCCUAAAGUUAUCGCGGGAGCGUCUGUGCCGGAAUGUGCUCAGCUUUCAAUCUACAAAAAAACCAAACAACGCAAGUCCAUCUUUGACAUGAAUACCUUCAGAAGACCCGAAGUGCCUCCGAAACUGGACUAUAUGUCGCUUUCUCAGCUGCCCAAACACUCGCCGCAGAGCUCGGUUGCAGAAUUCCCUCAAGGUCCGCCCACACCACCGGCAAGGAGCGAUUCCUUUAGGUUUAAACACUCACAACAGAACAGCUCGGCGUCUGACUCCACUAUUCCGGCAUCUCCGAGCCGAGGGAGCAGUCCUGUCAUGGAAGGCGAGGGCAUGAAGCAGCUCUACUACUCCAGUGAAGCGACACAGCGGGAAUCCAAGAUGCUUACAGAGGAGGAUGGGAGUCAACAUCGGGACCCGGAGAAGCGAAGAUACCGACCCAAAUCGGCGCCGGCGCUGCGUCGGAAUGUGACGCCGUUGCAUAUCCCCGUUCCCAUGCAGGUUCAUGGUUUCUCUAAUGAAGAGCACUCCCCCGAGCCCACGGAUUUGUUGCGCUUCUCACCGAUGCGAAAUAAUCGCUACAGCAUGCACUUUGCACCUCCCAGCUACAGCAGCAUCGUUACACACCCGGCGCAACGUGGCUUGGCUGCGUGUCCUGCAAAGACUGCCGUGAUGAGGAACACUGCCUACACCACGUGGAGUCCGGAAAUGCAGACCAGCAACUGUCCGCCAGCCCCCACGUCUGGUAUCCACACGCAUUCACGUGCUAGCCCCCAGCAUCACGGGCGCCACAGUGUGGAUCUCAACCACAAAAUCGCCGGCGAUGUUUGUGAAACCAGUCGAGCACCUCACGGCACCAACUCCCUCCCUUCCAGCGCCAGAAUGGGCUCCCUGAGUGCAUUGCAGUUCAGGGCUGAGCGCAUUAGGAUUCCACCAACACGUUACCCUUGCUCCACUGGAUCGGAUAGAGGCUCUCGCUCCCAUUCUGAGUGCAGCUCCCCGACAACGCCUCCCAAAUCCCCCGUCGGCCUCGACGCGUCGUCCUUUGCUAGCAGCCAGUCGGCGAGCUCUAUCUCCACACAGCUUAGGAUAUCCGUCAGCCCCGCGCCAGUCAGUGACGGCAGGAAGGAUGGAUUUGUCUCUAACACCUUUGUCAGAUAUCGGCUGGCUGCUAGGCACAGAUUCCUCUCUUUGAGAUGCUUAAGGCCAUAUUUGGAGGAGCCGCGCAACGUAACGGUCCAGAAAGGAGCAGAACCGCUGGGCAUCUCCAUCGUGAGCGGCGAGAACGGCGGCGUGUUUGUAUCCAAAGUAACUGCGGGAAGCAUCGCUCACCAAGCUCAUUUGGAGUACGGAGAUCAGCUCUUGGAGUUUAAUGGGAUCAACCUGCGGAAUGCGAAUGAGCAGCAGGCGCGCUUGGUGAUCGGGCAGCAGUGUGACACGGUGUCUAUUUUAGCUCAGUACAACCCUCACAUGUUUCAGCUGGGCAAUCACUCUCGAUCCAGUUCUCGUAUGGAGUCCAUCAGCAACCAGGCGACGCCACAGGACAGCGGCGCCACCACUCCGGAUGACCGCUCCAUGGGCGACACCCUCAGCGAGCAGGACGAGGGCACCGUGACGCCCCCGUCCAAGCAAACCACGCCUGCCACCAGCCCUCACAGUUCCUUUAGGCUUCCCGUCGCCGGUUUUCGGCGCACGGCGGAACCGCGUCUGGUGAGGCUGAAGCGAAUUCAGACAGAACUAGGAGUCCAGAUAUGCGGGGGCAAUCUUUACGGCAUUUUUGUGGAGAGUUUGGAUGAAGACAGUCCAGCAAAAUGUGUCGAUGGACUGAUCUCUGGCGACCUCAUACUUGAGUACAAUGGCGUCAACAUGAAGAAUAAAACCAAAGAGGAGGCUUACCUGGAAUUGCUGAAGCCCGUCGAAACAGUAACUUUCAAGGUCCAAAACUGCGUGGAUGAGCUCGCUGACGUCAAAGAGAUACCUGGUGAUGGAUUUUUUAUCAGAUCGCUGUACGAAAGGGUUGCUGACUUGGAGCAGGAGCUGAGCUUCAAGAAAGAUGACAUCUUAUAUGUGGAGGACACAUUACCCAACGGAAACUUUGGCUAUUGGAUGGCGUGGCACCUUGACGAAAAGGCGCAGAAGUUGGAGAAAGGGCAGAUUCCUAGCAAAUUUAUGAUGGACCAGGAGUUCUAUAGAAGACACGGCAUGACCGACAUUAAAGACGACGUCGGCGGAGGCGGCAAAACCUUGUCGGCCGCCGCCCGUAGGUCCUUCUUCCGUCGGAGGCUGAAGCACAAACGCAACGGAUCCAAAGACGGGAAGGACCUGAUAGUGUCUGAAGCAAUGAUGUCGGAUUACUUGCCCAUAACCGAAGAUGGUGUGAGCCUCAUGUACCAGCGGGUCCUGAAGGUGGAGUGCUUAGCCCCCAGACCGGUGCUGAUCUUGGGGCCGCUAGCCGAGGCUAGCAAAGACAUGCUAGUCAAUGAGGCGCCUGCCAAAUUCAGUCGUUGUCUGCCAGAGAUCAUGAAGGCAUCUCAACAAGCUAUCGAGCGAGGUGUAAAAGACUGCGUGUUCAUCGACUAUAAGCGACGCAGCGGCCAUUUUGACGUGACCACCGUCGCAUCAAUAAAGGAGAUUACAGAGAAGGAUUCUCACUGUUUGCUUGACAUUGCCGCACACGCCAUCGAACGCCUGCACUGCGUUCACAUCUACCCAAUCGUCAUAUUCAUUCGCUACAAAAAUGCAAAGCAGAUCAAAGAGCAGAAGGAUCCAUUGUACCUGCGGGAUAAACUCUCCCAGAAGCUUUCCAAGGAGCAGUUUGAGGCGGCCCAGAAAACUGAGCAGGAGUACAGUCGCUUCUUUACAGGUGUUGUUCAAGGCGGUAGCGUCUCCUUCAUUUGCACACAAAUCGUCACCAUCGUCGAACAGGAGCAGAAUAAAGUUCUAUGGAUCCCUGACGGUGCGCCAUAGAGGUGACGCACCAACAGAAAUGAAAUUGGUACAUGAAUUCGUUACAAUUCACCUUGAGCCACUACUCGUGGCGUAAUAUGCACACUAUACAAUAGUGAUGUACUGUACUACAGAUAGUUGUUUACACUAGUAGUUAAUACUACUUGAAUGAAUGCGUUUCUAUCUAGAAGCACUACUUUUAAACACACCCGGACCACCGUGCAAGAUGGCUCCAUAUUUAUGUAUAUUUUUUAUCAAAUCAUGGAUUUAAUGGUAUUUAACAUGGAGGAUAAAACUUUUUUUCCCCUGCUGUUCAUCAUUUCAGGCCUCACAUUAUGCAUUAUGAUGUCAUCGUGCCAAGCUUUUCUAAUAUUUAUUACUACAUUGAGUGUGUGUGUUCUACUUCAGUUGCCAAUUGCGUCUCGAGUGUCGUUUUUUUUUUUGUCUUUUCUUGGAAUGUUUGAAAGGGAUGUUUUUGCCUGUGCUUCACAGUGAGUUGUUCUGUUAGCGACGCACAUCUUCCAACAUUUCAUCUGUCGGAAAAUGAAAAUCGAAGGUUUCUUACUGUGAUUAAAAAGGGUACGAAUGAUGCAAAUAUCAAACGUUUCUGUG